AUGGUUGGCAUAGUUCCAGAUGUGUGGGAGGAUGUUUCUGAUCCGAGUGACUGGAAAAAUACAAAGUACCCAGAUUUGGCCAAUCUUGAUUCUUUAAUGAGAUGCCAAAUUUGUAAAGAAUUUCUUCAAGCUCCAGUUUUGACUACCUGUGAUCAUAUAUUUUGUUCUAUGUGUAUUAGAAGGACUAUUUCGAACACGAACAAGUGCCCAAUAUGUUCAGAGGAAACUUAUGAAAGUGGGCUAAGAAAGGUUUUGUUGCUUGACAGUAUUGUCAGGUGGUUUGAAAACAAAAGACCGAGUUUGAUCGAGUCAUUACAAAUUGACCAAAUAGAAGAUUCUGUUGACGAAGAUGGACCUUCAAUAAAGGAGGAACUUAAUAGGAUAAGUGAGAAUGCGGAGGCCUUGGAGACUGCAUCGUCGAGCAGUGAACAAUUAGCUGAGUGUCCUGUUUGUGGGACAUGCAUGAAUGUUAAUGAAUUACAAGAAAAACACAUUGAAGAAUGUUUGGGCAAUGCUCAACCGAGUAGCAAAGAAACAAAAUCUGUACGAAAUAGUCCUAACAAUGUUGUAGGAUAUUUUAAAAUCAAAACUAACGUUACAAACAAUAUUCCUGAAAAUGUACAACUACAAAACAGCAAGAUUAGAAAGAAAAAGAGACUGCCUAAUUUAGAUACUUCAUUGUCGUUCAAUAAAUUAAAAGAAAAAAUGAAUUCAUUGAAGUUACCAGUCAAUGGUAACAAAACAGAACUUGAAAAUCGUAUGAGAGAAUAUAUCAAUUUGUAUAAUUCCAAUUUAGAUUCAAUCCACCCGGUUUCGGAGAGAUUAUUAAUAGAUAAAUUACGGAAAUGGGAAGCUCUAAAUGAUAGGAAGGCUAAUCUGAAAAGUGGGAGAGAUUCCCCGCCUAUAAAUGCCGACGAAAAUACCAUCAAACGACAGAAGAAAGAGCACGUUUCAUGGAAUCGACAGAAUAGUGGGCAGUAUAUGGAGUUAAUUGCAUUUGCAAAGCUGAACAUGCAAAAGCUGAGAAAUAAGGAGCAGGCAGAAAGAAAUGAGAAGCAGACAGAAAGAAAUGAGAAGCAGACAGAGAAAAACAAAGAGGAAAAUGAUUCGUUGAACGACGAUAGUGGGGAUGCGUUUUCUGACUUGGAAACUGAACUUAUUUCAUGA